AACACGCCCGCAAGCGGUGCUCUCACGCGAGUUAUGACUAUGGUUAUUAUUGUUCUCUCAGCAGUCAACCUCUUUGUUUAGCUAGAGACCUUGGUGAUCGAACUUUAUUAUUUCACGCAAUCCAUCUUCUCUGUUCUACGAUAACUCCGCCGGCUGCGCUGGCCACCGGCGCCUGCAGCAAGAUGAAACAUAUCCGCGGCCUGGUGUCGACAGCACAAGCACUCCGCCAUACGUUCCUCCGUCCGCUAGAAAUCUCACGAAUUCCAUUGACUACGCGAUAUGGAUUUUCACAGCCUCAAAGACAAGUGAGGUCUAUCCAAUAUUCUGGAGGAGCAAAGUCCGCAGCAGCCAAUGCGGCUGGCCCGAAGACGCAGGGAAUCAUCAAGGAUGAAGAUAUUCGUGCUCAGCAAAUACAACUGGUCAAUGAGAGCGGAGGUCUGGAUCCGCCUGAGAGGACGAUUAAUGUCUUACGAUCCAUCAAUCGAUCUGAAUACUUCCUCGUCCAAGUGUCCCCUGGUUCCGCAGACCGACUACCGGUUUGCAAGCUUAUGAGUAAGAAAGCUUUGCGUGAGCAAGAGAAGGCAAAAUCAAAGGCAGCCCAUGCGGCAAAGACUGCCGUCAAGCAACUUGAACUCAACUGGGCCAUUGAUGCACAUGACCUCUCGCAUCGGAUGAAACAACUCGUGUCGUUCCUCGAGAAGGGCCGGAAAGUCGAGAUCAUUUUGACGCGGAAGAAAGGGAAGAGGCCGCCUGUUGCGGAGGAAGUGAAGAAAGUGAUGGAUACGGUGCUGGACACAGUAAGGGAUGCGGACGCUGCCCAGAUGAAACCCAUGGAAGGAGAGCCAGGAAAGCAUGUUCUGAUGGUGGUUAAAAAGAAGGACGCGUGAAGCGAAGAUGGCGGACUCAUAUAUCAUGUACAAUACGGAGCCAGGUUUUUAAGGGCACAUAUAAGAUUACGAAAAAAGGAAAAUCCAAAAAUGACACCAAUGUCUAACUACUCC